GUUGAUCGUCAACAAAACCACAUAUUAAACCACCUUUUCCGUCCCCUCUCCGUUGUCAUUUCUCCCAGACGUCCAUCUUUUCAAUAACGACAGCCAUGGCAGACGAAAACCCUCCCGGCGCUGCUGCUGAGGUCUCUGAGAAGACAGAGAGUGUGGGGAAGUCGAUCAGCCCCGCAGGUCCGUCACCAUCACCGUCAAAUGAUCCUCAGCGCCGACUGUUGGCAGCGUUGAAGGCGACGGAUAACACUGUUCACCGUCUCGACAAACUCGUGUCCAGCGCAGCCGGAGAAGAAAGAGCCCUCGCAAUCACCGGCUACCUCUCACAUGCCCUCCACCACCUCCUCGCAUCAGCCCCCUCAAUCGCCCUUCAGACCCGUCUCAGUCUGCUCGCGCGACUGAGACAACAAAAUCGCAAACCUACCUCCCCCCAACCAUCAGCACCCUCAUCCUCAAAACUCCUCGCUCUCUCCUCCCUCAUCUCCGAAACCCGCUACACGCUCCGACUUUUCGGCCUCCUCCCACUCUGGACGUGGGGGUCACAAACGAUCAAAAACCCACCCUCCGACCCCGUCAUCCGCGCAAUCACCCUCAUCCAGGUCGUCGUGAACGUCAUCUACCAAGCCCUCGAGAACGGCGGCUACCUUGCCGCCAAGGGGAUCGUGUCGAAAAAGUUCGUUGACCGCUGGGGCGGCAUCGAUAAAUGGUAUCUCUGGAGCACGCGGGCGUGGUUCGGACACAUUUUCUUCCAGUUCUUCGCCCUGUGGCGACAGAGUGUGCUGCGGCGACGAAAGACCGAGGAGCAGGUUAAGAUCACCGGCAAGGAGUUGUCGAGUGAGGAGGAGCGUGCUACGCUGAGAGCCGAGAUCCGCGCUUGGAGGAAGAGUCUCGUGAAUAACGUCUUCUGGGCUCCGUUGUGCUUGCACUGGAGUGUGGAAAAGGGAAUCGGCGUGCCGGAUAGCCUGUCGGGGGUUAUUAGUUUUUGUGCGGGGGCUUGGGGAUUUUAUGACCUUUGGAAUGCGACUGUAUAGUUUUGCUGCUCGUUGUUAUUUGGUUAGUUUUUUGGGUGUAUAUCUAUGAAGGAGCUUUAUAUAUAGACAGGGGUUAUAAUUAUAGACUUGGUGUGUGCAAUAUGAAAGAAUGUAUAUCAAGCUGCAGAUCCCAGCUACAGUGCAAAGCUUUUUCUGUCAUUCAA